AUCGUGUCACUUUUACUGCCUGCCUGGUAGUAGCAUUAGCUGUGACCAUAGAAAAGAGCGUUCCUGAAGUACGUGGCAGAAAGCUUAAGACAUGGAGGCGUCUGCUCUUGUUGCACUGACCCUGAUUCUGGGUGCACUGGUUGUCCUGGUGGCGUUAGCUGUGGGCAAGCGGAAAGAAGAAAUACGAGAAGAAGCGGAGCAGGCGGCGGAGUUUACCGCUGAAGGUAGUGUCGUGAAAGGAGCUGCACCCAAGAAACAGAAGCAGGACAAGCUACGCAGCCGCAAGGAUAAAGCUGCACAGCACACUUUCAGCCAUCCUCUGCUGGCAGCCUCACUGAAGGCUCAUGGUGGGAAUGUGACGUGUAUUGAUUUCAGCAGUAAUGGAAAAUACCUGGCGUCCUGCGCUGAUGAUCGAACGGUCAGGAUCUGGAGCACCAAGGACUUCCUGGAGCGGGAACACAAGUGUCUGAGAGCUAAUGUUGAGCUGGAUCAUGCCACUCUGGUCCGCUUCAGCCCAGACUCUAGGGCUUUCAUCACCUGGUUGGCCAAUGGAGAUUCCAUUCGUAUCUUCAAAAUGAUCAAGAAGGAUGACGGUACUUUCAGCUUCAAAGCUGCUGCUGAGGACUUCCCUCAGAAACACAAAGCUCCCAUUCUCAACAUCGGUAUCGCAGAGACAGGCAAGUUUAUCAUGAGUGCAUCCACUGACACCUGCAUCCACAUCUGGGAUCUUAAAGGAGAGAUACUGGCCUCUAUCAACACUAACCAGAUGACUAAUUCUUAUGCUUCCAUUUCCCCAUGUGGCAGGUUUGUGGCAUCCUGUGGCUUCACUCCUGACGUGAAGGUGUGGGAGGUUUGCUUCGGGAAAGGAGGAGAGUUCAAGGAGGUGGUGCGAGCGUUUGACCUGAAGGGCCACUCUGCUGGGGUUCACUCGUUUGCCUUCUCUAAUGACUCUCACAGAAUGGUGACUGUCUCCAAAGACGGCACGUGGAAGCUGUGGAACACGAAUGUAGAGUACAAAAAGCAACAGGAUCCCUACCUCCUGAAAACUGUCCCCUGUGUGACAUCUGAAGGUAGUCGGGCGGCCUUGUCUCCAGACGGCCGGGUGGUGGCCAUCAGUGACGGCUCUAACGUGGCUCUGUACAGUGCAGCGAGCGGCCAGCUGGAGGAGGAAAUGCACGGCAUCCACAGCGAAGAGAUCACUGACCUUAGAUUUGACAUUAAUGGACGCUUCUUGGUGAGCAGCGGCGACAAAGCUGUCAGAGUGUUUCACAACACCCCGGGAUACAGGGCAGCCAUUGGGGACAUGAAGGACAUGCUGAAGAAAGCCCAGAAUGAAGCCAUGAAGCAGAGACUGGAGCAGCAGAUAAAAGAGGCUCAGAGUGCCCUGGACGCUGUGCUUGCUGCUUCUGUGGAUUAAACGAGCACUAAAAAACAAAUGCACUCUGAUUGUAAUACUGACUGAAUGUGAUUUUCUUUUUCCCAGCCUCAACUCUUCCUCUGCCACUACAUGCUCUGGUCAGCGAGGAAAGGAAUUAGCAUGCAGUUUUAAUAAAGAAUAUAUUUUUAAUGAAAAAUAAAAAGGGUUUGAGUUGA